AUGGAAAGCAACGGGGACGUAGUUAGGGUAAAAGAAGAACCAACUUGGACGGACGCAACUGAUGAUAAUGUUUUCGAUUCGAUGAGCUAUUGCAAAGCCGAAACGUUGGAAUUUCAUGAAUUAUCGGCAAAAGGCUCGAAUAAGACUGUCCUGUUAAAAGAGAGGUUAGAUGAAAAAAUAAUCAUAGAUUUUGAGUGCAAAAAUGUCAAACCUGAACAGUCGUCUUCAUCGACUACUAUUUGCAAAAACGAGUAUCAAAGUCAUCAAUCUAUUGUGAAAAAAGAAAAUGAAAAUCAGACUUAUUACUCAAAUGAAAAAAGGCUGAUAGUUUUGAUAAAAAAGGGAUUUAUUUAUGAUAAUUAUUGUCAAUUAAAUGAGAACUCGUGUUUAAAACUUGUCAAUUAUGAAAAUCUAAAAAGUUUAGAAAAAACUGUUAAGAAAGAAUCAUUGAACAAAUCCACAAUGCGUCGAGAAACUCACACAACUAAAACAGGUUUGAAAAAUCACAAAAGUACAAUACCUAAAAAUAUUAGACCCUUUGAGUGUGAUAUUUGUCACAGAUCAUUUGGACAAAAACAAAACCUCAAAUGUCACGUGAAUGCAGUACACUAUCGUAGCAAACCCUUUGAAUGUGAGAUUUGUCCCAAAUCAUUUGGAUAUCAAAAUCUACUGAAAAGACACAUAAUGAAAAUACAUGAUCAUAUCAUGCCGUUCGAGUGUUACAUUUGUCACAAAUCAUUCAGUGAAAAGGAUAAUCUCAAAAGGCACAUAAUGAAAAUACAUGUUCGUAUCAUGCCGUUCGAGUGUUACAUUUGUCACAAAUCAUUUAGAGAAAAGGAUAAUCUCAAAAGGCACAUAAUGAAAAUACAUGUUCUUAUCACGCCGUUCGAGUGUGACAUUUGUCACAAAUCAUUCAGAGAAAAGGAUAAUCUCAAAAGGCACAUUAAUGCAGUACACGAUCGUAUUAAACCCUUUGAAUGUGGUAUUUGUCACAAAUCUUUUGGAGAAAAAAGGCCUGGAUUCGACAAAAGACACUUUGAUUUGAUUUAUUAUACGUUGUUGCAGAGAUACAACGAUGAUGAUAUACGAGUAGAUGCUUCAAUGACUGAUGAGUACACGAUGAUUUUGAUCAAGAGCUUAUCUUCAGAGCAAUAUAGAAAUUACAAUAAAGUUCAAAAUUUUAUAUUUCUGCUUUUUGAUUCAAACAUGUAA